AUGUCGAGAGUAUUAGUUCCGUUCACUUUGGUAGCCAUAUAUUUUCACCUAACAAUAAUUCAAGCAGCAGAUCCAUGCAAAACACAUGAAGUUCUCCAGGAUGAUACUAGAUCGGCAAUUCGAGAGCUUGGUUCAACAGAAACAGAAUUUUGCGAUCGCAGUUUAAAGCUAGCAUGGUAUAAGUUAGAAGAUCCUAUAUUAGGAAACGCAACAGAUAUGCCUACACAAUGCAUUCCGAUUAUGCGAUGUGCAUCAACUGCUCCGAUCUGGCUUAACGGAACUCUUCCAAAGAACAAGGGUGACGUGGAAAAGAUAACAGCUUGUAAAAGAGGUUUUCUUUCUUGUUGUGAUAAUGAAUUUCAAAUAGAUGUAAAAAACUGCGGAAUGUUUAAUGUUUAUCAUUUAUCACCACUGGCAAGUUGUAUGGGACGCUAUUGUACAGUUGGAAGAGCAAAAUGCAAACCAGGCACUUCAUCCGAAAGCGGAUAUGAACCAUGCCACAAGGCAGAUAUUACGUUCGAUGUUAAACCAAGGAUUAUCCCACAUAUUCCAGCAACUGAUAUUAAUGAUACGGAGCGACAACUGACUUUUCGCUGCACUGGAAGUUAUUACAGCUAUCAAACUAUGAUAUUUGAUAUCAAAUAUAUGAUCGACGGUAUCGAAAUUCCAUCAAACACAUCAAACUUAUCUUAUAAUGCGAUCUUGACAAGAGGUGUACUAAAAGCAGACGACUGGACAGUGACUGGAAGAACUCUUGGAUUUAAGGUAUUACUUUUCAAAGGAAAAUAUCUAUGA